AUGACAGAAUUUCCUCUGACGCAAAUCUCGCCGACGUGGCUCCUGGAAAGAGAGGCACCGGUCAAAGGAUCCACAAUUUUGAGCUCCAUAUUUCUGAUUAUAGCUCCACACGAACCGGAAUUGGCCCCACAAAAAUACCUGACCAACAGUAGCGUUGGGGAACUUCGCGCCGACUGCCGCUUGAAGCUUCUCAUCCAGCGGCGCCCCGCCGCUGAGCACUAUCCUCACCGACGACAGCUCCAACAUAACCCCAAUUUCGAAUUUGGGCACCACCAGCACGGUGGCUCCCGCCCUCAGUCCCAGCAGCAGCAUCGACAAACCGAGCACAUGGAACAUCGGCAGUACGCAAAGCACCACGUCACCACUCCCCACGCAGCAGCUCGGAUUCUCGCCGUCCGCCAGCUGUGCCGUGCUCUCAGCAUCACCCCCUUGGGAAGGCCCGUCGUGCCGGAGGAGAAAAGCAGCGCCGCCAUAUCGGAAGAUCGGACCUCGACAUCCGAAACCGAUUCCCCGUCAGAUUUCGUUAGAUCUGAGAACUCGACGACGGCCACGUCAGCGCCUAAUUCCCGAGCGAGGCGGUUCGCCUUUUCCAGGUACGGAACGUGGGUGACGAUUAGCUUCGGUUUGGAUAGGUUAGCUUGGGAUGAUAACUCGGCGGCGGUGAAUCUCGGGUUGGCGGCGGCGGCGGUGGCUCCGGCGAAGGAGGCGGCGAGGAAGGAGACGGCGAAGUCGGGGGAGUUGUGGAGGAGGAGCAUGACGACGUGGCCGCUGCGGACGCCGAGGCGAAGGAAGGCGGCGGCGGCACGGCGUGCGGCGAGGCGGACGUCGGCGUGGGUGAGGGUUGAGCCGGUGGCGGCGUCUAUGAGGGCAGGUCGGGUGGCGUGGCGGGGAAGGUUUUCGAAGAGGUAUUCGUGGGUCGGGAGAUGGGUCGGUAUGUGGAUGGUUGGGAGUUUGGAUCGGAAGAUGGUUUCUCUUUCGGUUUGGGACUCCAUUUUUUUUAGCGUGAGAACCAUAUAUAUCAUUUGGACUAUUGGAUAA